AUGUCAAGUUUGAAAGCACCACAACCAAUUUCUUCUGAACUUGAUAAGUCUGGUACUUCACCAGAUGAAGUUGCAACUGAAACUGUGGAUGGAACUGAUGUAUUUGGCACUGGCUUGAAGAAUGAUAUUGGCGAAUACAAUUGCUUUCUGAAUGUUAUCAUACAGUCCUUGUGGCAUUUAAGACGGUUUCGAGAUGAGUUCUUGAGUAGAUCAGGAUCAGAGCAUGUUCAUGUGGGAGAUCCAUGUGUUGUUUGUGCCUUGUAUGAUAUUCUUACUGCUAUGAGUGUUGCAUCCAUUGAUACACGAAGAGAAGCAGUUGCGCCUACAUCACUCAGGAUAGCUUUGAGCAACUUGUAUCCUAAUAGUAAUUUCUUCCAGGAGGGUCAGAUGAAUGAUGCAUCUGAAGUACUGGCUGUAAUAUUUGAAUGCCUUCAUCGAGCAUUUACCUCUGGUUUGAAUGGUUCUAAUUCUGAAUCAAUGGAACACAGUGGCAUGGAGUCUUGGGAAUGUACAAAAAAGAAUGCUUGUAUAGUGCACUCUCUAUUUGGAAUGGACAUCUCGGAACAAAUGAAUUGCCAGAGUUGUGGUGUGGAGUCUAGACAUCUGAAGUACAGUGCUUUCUUUCAUAAUAUAAAUGCCAGUGCCCUCCGAACAAUGAAGGUCAUGUGUGCUGAAAGCUCUUUUGAUGAGCUUUUAAAUCUUGUCGAGAUGAAUCACCAGUUAGUUUGUGAUCCUGAGGUUGGUGGUUGUGGGAAGCCCAAUUACACCCAUCACAUUCUGUCAACUGCACCACAUGUUUUUACAACAGUUCUGGGCUGGCAGAAAACCUGUGAAAGCGUUGAUGAUAUAAAAGGAACAUUAGCAGCUCUAAGUACUGAGAUAGAUAUCAGUGUUUUUUAUCGCGGUCUGGAUCCAAAGAACAUACGUGGCUUGGUUUCUGUGGUGUGCUAUUAUGGGCAACAUUAUCAUUGCUUCGCCUAUAGUCAUAAUCACGGUCAGUGGAUUAUGUAUGAUGACAAGACUGUCAAGGUAAUUGGUAGCUGGACUGAUGUUCUUACCAUGUGUGAGAAAGGACACUUGCAACCUCAGGUUCUAUUCUUUGAAGCUGGAAACUAG